AUGAAGGUCCACGUGCAGGUGGCGGCGCUGGUGUCGGUGAUGGUGUGGUGCUGCCUGCACGCAGUCCGUGGCGCCAACAUCCUGGCCGUGUUGCCCUGGGAGGGCCGCAGCCACUGGAUCAUGCACCGGGAGCUGCUGGUCGAGCUCGCCCGUAGGGGCCACAACCUGACCGUGAUGACGCCAUUCCACCAGCCGGGCGAUCCCUGGGAAGUCAUCCGGACCCACGCCCCAUUCGUAGAGGGUGGCAAGUUUGACUUCGUGGAGUACGGCUCGCUUUCGCCAUUCACGCAGCAGACGGUGGUGUCAGGUAUCGGCACGGAGGUGUGCCGGCGCCUGAUGGACAACCCGGGAGUUCGCGACCUCAUAGACUCCCGGCAGCGGACGUACGACCUGCUCAUCAUGGAGGGCUUCUUCCACGACUGCUUCCUCGCCUUCUCGCACAAGUACCGGGCGCCGACCGUGCUCACGUGCACCUUCGGCGGCGGCAGCAGCUGGGACAACCAUCCGAUGGGCAACCCGUACCCGCUGGCGUACUUGCCCGAGGCCGGCUUGGCCUACAGCAGCAGCAUGAGCCUCUUCCAGAAGACCUACAACGCCCUGUUCUCGCUCGCAAUCAACCUCCACCGAGUCCUCGUCUACUUCCCAGUCAUGGACGAGAUGGUGCGCGAGCACUUCGGGGAUCCCAGUAUGCCCCCUCUGGUGGAACUGCAACGCAACGCGUCCCUGCUGCUGGUCAACAACCACUUCAGCUUUGACUACCCGAGGCCACUGGCGCCAAACACAGUGCAGGUUGCUGGGAUGCACAUCAGGCCCCCUAAGGCACUCCCGAAGGACCAGGAAGAUGAUAGUAGGAAGCCAACAGUUGUACUUACCAGGUUGCAGCGGCAGUACGAGGCAGUGCGGACAGGAACAGCAGCGGUGUCACGGUCACGGGCACUGGCAGCUGGCGUGGCAGGCGCUGCAGUCUCCGACGGCGCCAAGUUUCGGCGGGAGCAGGAGGACCUGCAGGAGUUCAUGGACGCUGCCGCUGAGGGCGUGAUCUACUUCAGCAUGGGCAGCAACGUGAAGAGCACGGACCUGUCGGAGGAGGUGCGCGCCGUCUUCCUGAAGACGUUCGCACGGCUGAGGCAGAAGGUGCUCUGGAAGUUGGAGGGCGACUCGCUGCCGAACCAGCCGGCCAACCUCAGGAUCAGCAGUUGGUUUCCGCAGAGCGAUCUGCUCGCUCACAGGAACAUGCGUCUCUUCAUCACGCACGGCGGCAUGAUGAGCCUGCUGGAGGCACUGUACGCUGGCGUCCCACUGCUCGGCGUCCCCAUAUUUGGCGACCAGGUGUCGAACCUCCUCAGGGCCCGCGACUCGGGCUAUGGUCUGGUGCUCCACCUCCGCAACAUCACGCAGGAGUCGUUCGACUGGGCCGUCAAUGAGCUGCUGACUGACCCGAGGUACGCGGAGAACGCGCGGAGGUUGUCGCGGCUGUUCCACGACCGGCCGGAGCCGCCGCUGGAGACGGCGGUGCGCUCGGUGGAGUCCGUGCUGAGGCACGGGGGCGCGCGGCACACGCGCCCCGCGGCUCUCCACCUCGGCUGGCACCAGCACCUGCUGCUCGACGUCGCCGCCUUCGUCCUCCUUUCCGCGCUGAGCGCCGCCGCCGGAGCAGUGCUCGCCGUCAGGUUCCUUGUCCGAACAUUUUUCAGAAAAUCCGCUGUACCGGCUUCGUCAAAAAAGAAGACUGCGAAGAAAGACUGA